GCCCCACCCAAUGCCGGAAGACGUUCUUCAUUUUCACCAGAGAUCAACAACGCAUUUAGCUAGCUAUGUAACUUAAUUCACCAUGCCAGAAGUACACUUUGAUUAGCCAGCAGAGAGACAACUACUCCAUCACUCCACUGUCCAUUCAUUUCAGGUCUGGCGAAAGUCUGACCGAAAGAAUCUACCCUGCCAGCUAGCUAGCUAACCAGUAUACGUCCCUGGACUGAAGUGAGAGGAGCAACAUGCCCAAGGACUCUGACAAACCUGGGGGUGGAGAGGACAGGACUGACUCCUCUGAACAGUCCCAUAGUAAGAGUGUCCGGAGAGGCACACCUAGUCCUCACAGAGGGAACACCCCACAAUCCAGCCCACCAAGGUUUGUGUCAGUGGAGGAGCUCAUGGAGACGGCUAAAGGUGUGACCAACAUGGCCCUGGCCCAUGAGAUCGUAGUGAAUACUGACUUCCAGGUGAAGCCCUCAGAGCCAGCAGAAGGAAGUUUCGAAAAAAUAGUGAAGGAAAUUAUGCAUAAAGCAUUCUGGGACAUUCUGGAGGCACAACUGAGUGAGAACCCGCCAUCAUAUAAUCACGCCAUCAAACUUCUUGCUGAGAUCAAAGAGACUCUGCUGUCCUUUCUGCUUCCGGGACAUGGUCGGUUGAGGGGGCGAAUUGAGGAGGUGCUAGACCUCUCUCUGAUCCAGCAGCAGGCAGAGAACGGAGCUCUGGACAUCAGUAAGGUGGUUGAGUUUGUCAUUGGUAUGAUGGGUUCACUCUGCGCUCCGAGCCGGGAUGAGGAAAUCAGGAAGCUUCGGGAAAUCACAGACCUUGUGCCUCUAUUAAAGGCGAUAUUUCCAGUGAUGGAUAAAAUGAAACUUGAUAUGGCCAAUUUUGCAGUCAGCAGCAUCCGACCCCACCUCCUGCAGCAAUCCGUUGAGUAUGAACGGAAGAAAUUCCAGGAGUUUGUCGAAAAACAACCCAACGCCUUAGACUUUACGGAGAAGUGGCUUCAAGACUCUGCUAAAUCUGUACUUCAUGAAGAACAAGCGGGUGGGGCGGGUAGUUCACCUACUCCUCUCACUGUGCACAACCAUGCUUACCUGCGUCUGCUUAAGUGGAACCACGCCUCUGAUCCUUUCCCUGAGACUCUUCUCAUGGACCAGGUGCGUUUCCAGGAAAUGCAGCAGGACUUGGAGCAGCUGGUUCGGGUGGCGUCUGUGCUACUCAUAGUGUACAACACCACAGGGGAGGCCAUCUCAGGCCUGCCAGGCCUUAUGGACAGACUGAAGAGGACCAUCAGGGUUCUGCUCACAGAGAUGUACAUGCCGUCUUUCAGUGCAGAUGAAGCCUUGGCUACCAUUGGAGAGAGGAUGUGUGUGGAACUAAGUGGAUGUCUGUCUGAACAUGGCUUCUCCCCGUUCUCCGCCAACCGGCAGAACAUUCUGAAAGGCCAGAUCUCGGCUGUUACUCUCCCAGACAACGCCAUCCGCAAGCUUAUAGACUCCCGCAUCCAGACCUACCUGCUUGCCUUCCUCGAGUCCAGUCACAGGAGUGCUCCAACCCUGCCAGGAGGCCUAGCUCCUGUCAGCAAAGAGCUGGAAGAGAUUGCCAUGAAGUUUGGCCGUCUAGUCCACUUCAACAAGUUGGUUUAUUCCCCUUUCUACCAAAAGAUCCUUCAGGAGAUUGUGCAAGAAGGAGAAAGUCAUGACACCUAGGCUUUAACACUGAACUGUUAAAUAAAAUGGGAUCACUGUAGGUUAUCCAUGCUUUCCAUUGUAUGGCUAAAGAUAAUAUAAUGAUGCCAGUAUUGUACAAGGCCAGUAAUAAUUGAUAUAAAAAUACUUAUACAAGCA